GAAAAGAAGGAGAAUAAAACCAAAAGUAGAGUGAUAAGCUGAUGCCUUAGUCUUGAGAAAAGAUGCGUGGAUUUAGGAUCAUGCCUCUUUCUACAACAGUGGCCGUGCAGUGUACAGUUUAAGAUAAUGCAUAAUUGAUAGUACCCACUGCUCCAUGCACGGGGACAGAGAAAUUGGCUUGAGCCCCUUGUCAUAUACAAAACCCUUAAUUCUCUUUUCUCUCUUGUUGGCAUUCAGCUGUUUUUCUGGAUGAAUUCAUCACCAUCAGUCAAAAAAAAAAAAAAACUCUUUUUUCCUAAGGGAAGAGUAGUACAUUGUCUCCACACAAUGUCCUCUGUCUUUUCCUGCCUUUCUUCUCUACUUGUGGUACCAGUCAUUUCCCAUCAGCAGGCAGUACUGGCCUGAAUGCCUAUGUUGCUCGGAAGUGAGAAGUCACCUCCUUACUUAGAGGGAAGGUAGAUGCUGCAGUGGAACAUGGUGCAGCCGUUCCUAGCUCAGGAGUCUUCAGCUUUAUGAUGGUGUGAAAGUGAUAUGCUUUCAGUAGAAAACACACUUUGAGUACCCAUACAACAAUUCUGUUUUUCACUUUGGGUACAGUAUUCAAUAAAUUACGGAGAUAUUCAACACUGUAUUAUAAAAUAAGCUGUGUGUUAAAUGGUUUUGCCAAUUAUAGCUUAAUAUCAAUGUUCUUAGCACAUUUAAGGUAGGCUAGGCUAAGCUAUAAUAUUCAGUAUGUUAAGUGUAUUAAGUGGUUUUUCAACUUAGGAUAUUAAUGGGCUUAUCAGGACAUAACCCCAUUGUAAGUUGAGCAGCAUCUGUAUAGGAAUUAAGAGUCUGUCACUUAUCAUCUUCAACAGUUCUUCUGCAUCUCAGUUUCUUCAUCCAUAAAACUGCUGUCAUAAUAGGGUUGUUGUGAGAUUAGACCAGUUCAUAUGUGUAAAAGCCCUUAGAAUAAUAUCUGACACAUAAUAGAUGAUCAAUAAGUUUCAGCUGCCACCCACAACACGGAAUUAUCCAGUCUAAAAUGUCAGUUUCAGUACCUUAAGAGAGGAAAAAAAGAAAAAAAAGGUAUUACCAAGAUGAAGAAGCCCUGCCCACAAUGUGUUGCCCAUGUUUAUAUAGGCUACUUUUGAAAAUGGAGUAGGUGGGGAGUGGUGAUCAUACCUUCUGAUGCUGGGUCCCUGGGGCAGUAGGAGUGAUGCUGGGUUGGAACUGGCACUCCACUGGCUCCUCCUAAGGAGUCUGUAGUUCCAAGGGUAUUCAGAAGGUUAGUUGCCAAGUCCAGUGCACACGCUUGACUCUCACACAUCUUAGAAACCAUGAGUGGCCAAUCUCUAUUGGGUCAGGUCCAACUUCUUGAAGGGGCUAGUUCAGAGGGGCUUGGAAGGUUUUAUUUUCAUCUAAAAAUUUUUCACAGUGGGCCCACUGCUCACCCAAACUCAUUAAGUUAAUUGGUUUUAAUCAAAGUUUUCUGGUCCCCAAGUUACAUGUUUUUCAAUGUUGUGAGGGCCAGGCAAGGGUUUAACCUGAUCCUUUCUCCUCGGUUCCCACUCUAUGACCCUAAACAAAAACCCCUUUUAAAGGUAAUUCCAAGUCAAAAGUGUGGUAGACAUGUUGAGUUCAGUUUACAAUGCAAUAUAUCACCGACUAUAAAAAGAUAAACUCUGUGGACCUAUGUUUAAUGAAUAUAGAAAUAACUUCUAAAACUUCAGCAUUUAAAUUCACUAUUUCUUCCUCUCCCCUGUGAAAGCCUUCGGAAUUAUUCAAAACUUGCUAAAACAAGUCAACUUUUUGGACCUUCAGAACAGGGCAACUAAAUGUCAUUCCAUACACUUUCUCAGUGACUCUAUGUCUGUUCUCAGCAGUGAAGGGAGAACAGAGGUCACUCUGCCUGACUGAUUUUAAACGAUCGCCUUUUUCAGAUGCUUUUGGUAUGGGAACACAAUCAGCCAUAACCUUUGGGGUUUUAAAUGUCAUUGUUAAUGCAUCAGAAAACCCAGACAGAGAGUCUGGAGAAAUUGUAUGUAACAUUUAAAUGAUUCUGGUAAAUAAUUAAGUUUUUAGUGUAUGUUUAAUGUACAUUCUGUUUGGGGCCUCUGAGUUUGAAUCCCUGAGAUCGAGCUGAUAUUUAGCAACCAUUUCUUAACCAGGAAAAGCCUCCCCUACUCCCAACCCCUAGCCAUUUGAGCUUCACUGGCUUUUUUGAACAGAAGCCUUUCUCAGUUUGUGCUUGGUUCAGUGAACACGGUUACUUUUUAAAAACAGUGACUGUCGAGUUUUAUGUCUCACCACCCUUUGCUGUUCUUCUGAGCUACCUCACGCUGUGUGAGAGAUAAUACUUGGCAUGAUUAAACUGCCCCUUCACUGAUAUUUGGUCUUUGCCUGGCUGAGGACGCAAAGCAAGAAGAGGAAGACAUGCAGAUAUGUUGCAGGAUAUUCAAGAAAGAAGGAUUUUAGCAUGGAAGACACUAAACUGGACUCGCCUGACAGCUAUAAAGUACAAGAUAAGAAAAAUGCCUCCGACCGCUCUGCCACUGCAAUUUCAGGACAAAAUACCCACCACUCAGGAAAUAAACCAGACCCUCCGCCUGUGUUACGUGUUGAUGACCGGCAGCGGCUGGCCCGGGAGCGACGUGAGGAACGGGAGAAACAGCUAGCUGCAAGAGAAAUCGUGUGGUUAGAAAGAGAAGAGCGAGCCAGGCAGCACUACGAGAAGCACUUGGAAGAGCGGAAGAAGAGGUUGGAGGAGCAGAGGCAGAAGGAGGAGCGGAGGAGGGCUGCUGUGGAGGAGAAGCGGAGGCAGAGACUUGAGGAGGACAAAGAACGCCAUGAAGCUGUUGUACGGCGUACAAUGGAAAGGAGCCAGAGGCCAAAACAGAAGCAUAAUCGGUGGUCGUGGGGAGGCUCUCUCCAUGGGAGCCCUAGCAUCCACAGUGCAGGUGGUUUUGUUGAAUCAUCAUUCUCCUCUCUCGAUUUAGCAGGCCUGGACCACCACUUCAUAACUUUUGGUGGUACUAGAAAAGCUGAUCCAGACAGGCGGUCAGUUUCCACCAUGAAUCUUUCGAAACAUGUUGAUCCCGUCAUUAGCAAGCGGCUCUCCUCCUCAUCUGCAACUUUACUUAAUUCUCCAGAUAGAGCUCGCCGCCUGCAGCUCAGCCCAUGGGAGAGCAGCGUUGUUAACAGACUCCUGACGCCCACACAUUCGUUCCUGGCCAGAAGUAAAAGCACAGCUGCCUUGUCUGGAGAAGCAGUUAUCCCCAUUUGUCCUCGUUCAGCAUCUUGCAGCCCCAUCAUCAUGCCCUACAAAGCUGCACACUCUAGAAAUUCGAUGGAUCGACCAAAACUCUUUGUAACACCACCUGAGGGCUCUUCUCGCAGGAGGACCAUUCAUGGCACAGCGGGCCAUAAAAAAGAAAGAGAGAGAGAAAAUACACCCUUCUUCCUUACAUCUGGCACCCGAAGGGCUCUAUCUCCAUCUAAUCCCAAAGCAAGACCGCCAGCUUCCUCCCGACUUUGGCUUCCAUCCAAGUCUCUUCCUCACUUGCCUGGGACACCCAGACCAACAUCCUCUUUGCCACCCAGCACAGUCAAAGCUGCCCCUGCUCAGGGCCGGCCCCCAUCCCCCGGCAACAUCCGUCCUGUCAAGAGGGAAGGCAGAGUGGAGCCUGAGAAAAAAGACCCUGAGAAAAAGGACCCUGAGAAGGAACCUCAGAAAGUUGCCAACGAGCCCUCACUAAAGGGCAGAGCACCUUUAGUGAAGGUGGAAGCCACCACAGUUGAAGAGGGGACACCUGCCAAACCAGAAGCUGGCCCUGCUGCUCCAGCCACGGCCCCAGCUCCAGCCUCGGCCCCAGCUCCAGCCUCAGUACCCACCCCAGCCAUGGUCCCACCACCGUCAUCCACUGUGACUGUCAGUGCUUCUCCUAAGCCUUCUGCAGGAACCACCGACCCAGAAGAGGCCACAAGGCUACUAGCUGAGAAGAGGCGGCUGGCCCGAGAGCAGAGAGAAAAGGAAGAAAGGGAGAGGAGGGAGCGGGAAGAGCUUGAAAGACAAAAGAGAGAAGAAUUGGCUCAACGGGUGGCUGAAGAGCGGACUCGCCGUGAGGAGUCACGCCGGCUGGAGGCAGAGCAGGCCCGGGAGAAAGAGGAGCAGCUGCGGCGGCAGGCGGAGGAGCGGGCGCAGCGCGAGCGGGAGGAGGCGGAGCGCGCCCAGAAGCAGAAAGAAGAAGAAGCUCGUGUUCGUGAAGAAGCAGAGAGGGUCCGGCAGGAACGAGAGAAGCAUUUCCAGAGAGAGGAGCAGGAGCGCCUGGAGAGAAAGAAGCGACUUGAGGAGAUUAUGAAAAGAACCAGGAGAACAGACGCUACAGAUAAGAAAACCAUUGAUCAGAGAAAUGGCGAUAUAGCCAAGGGAGCUCUUGCUGGAGGAACAGAGGUAUCUGCACUUCCAUGUACAGCAAACGCUCCAGGAAAUGGAGAGCCAGUUGCCAGCCCACAUGUGGUUACCUCACACCAAUCAAAAGUGACAGUGGAGAGCACUCCCGACUUGGAAAAACAACCAAAUGAAAAUGGAGUAUCUGUUCAGAAUGAAAAUUUUGAAGAAAUUAUAAACUUACCUAUUGGAUCUAAAGCAUCCAGAUUAGAUGUCACCAAUAGUGAGAGCCCAGAAAUUCCUUUGAAUCCAAUUUUGGCCUUUGAUGAUGAAGGGACACUUGGGCCCCUGCCUCAGGUAGAUGGUGUCCAAACACAACAGACUGCAGGUAAGCUUGCCUCCAGCUCCCUUCUGUAGUCAUCAGAAAUAUCUGACACCAGGAGGACAUGACACCAGGAGGACUGCCUUCUACAGUGUGAUUGUGGUAACACUUUGUUCUUCGAAGGACCAAGUAAGACACUGUGGAAAAGAUUGUGCCUGGCUCAUAGAGAUUGAAUUUUGAGUUGGAUUGGCCAACUUCUAAGGCCUCUCCUAUUCUCUCGGUCACUGCAGAAAUCCAGUUGGCAGCACCCACUGGGUGUCCGUCAGCCUCCCUGCACAAAGCAGCACCCACUGCCCAACAUCACACAUGGUCAGAAUGUGCUUUGUAGAAAGACAAGGCUGCCUCCCCACAAUCUAUGGACCAUCUGGCCUAGUGCUGCCCUCUGGAGAAAGAUUUGAGUUUUUUCCAUCUUUCUCAGGUCUUCAUAUAUUUGAAGACUGCCAUCAUAUUCUCCCACCAUUUUUCUCUUAUUUGGGUUUGGCAACCUGGGUGAUAAAUUAUUAUCCUUUUAAAAUGUGACAUAAUGGAUACUUAAGAUUUAGGUGAUGACACCAGUUCUCUGAAUGGGAUCACACUGAGUCUAAGAAUCUUUCCUUGUUAAAUGAUUUUGUUGCUGUUGAAAGUGCCUGUGACUUUAUAUCUUAUACAAUGUCUCUUUGACCCACACUUGACCUGAAGUCUUUGUGCAAAAAGAACAAUCAGGACCCAAAGAAAUAAGGAGUAAUAUCAUGUAUUACUAACUCAAUGGUCAUAGCAGCUCAGCAACUCAAUCCCAUCAGUCUCAGGACUUUUCAGGAUAAUCUCAGCUCCCUAUCUCUUCAAACCUGUUUCAAUUUUGUUGACUACUCUUCCCUGCAGAUGACUUUCAUGUAUUAACCAGCAUCUCUUUAUAUUUAACUAUGAAAAGAACUGGCCAAAUUCAGGAUAUACAAAUGAAGACAGUAUAGAAUUAUUUGUGGGCAAAUUGUUUUGCCUUUUAGAUUUCAUCAGUGAAUCUGUAAUAAAUCAAUUUUUAAUGGGGUGAAAUAGCCAGUGUGAACCACCCAUCCAAAGGAAGCCACUCUUCUCUUCUCCUCUAGUGUACUGACCUUGGAAGUAGAAUUACACUUUAGUGAAUGAACUCCACUUUUCUAGGAUUUGAAAGGAGGUUGUAAGGGCCCUCCCCUGUCUCACUUUCUGAUUCUUAAGCUUUUGGGAACAGUCCAACUAAUGGUAUGUUAGUGGAAACAUGCCCAAUGCAGCUUCCUGCUUAUGUUACAGAUUUACAGGAAGGGAAAGAACUUCCAGAUGAUUUAUCAAUAUUUAUUAAACCUCCAACAUGUUUAGAUCCCUAAGCAUUGGGUACUGAGGAUACAAGAGAAAAUGAAUGUUUAAACCCCUAACCGAGAAAAGUACAGUCUGUGUAUGCCACUUGGAAAAAUGAAGGCUAUGGCCUAAGCUGAUGUAAAGAAAAGAACAUGUUUUUCCUAUGAGUAACAGAAUUCACCUAAAUAUAAGACUGUGAAUCCUAACAAAAUUGCCUAUCCUUAUAUAAGUGUAUAUAACAGUAUAGUAAAUUUUAAAAAUUUAAGAUAUUACUAUAGUAUUCUUGAAAUAAGAUUUUAGAUGUUAUAUUAACCUGUUCUUUUUCUGUUUCUUCAUAUAGAAGUUAUAUGAGUAUUUCUUCUGAAGAACCAAAGCUGAAAUAUAAUGAGAAUUUCUACAAUUAAUGGAAUUCCUUUCAUGCUAUAAAGGAGCAUCCCCUCCUCCAGUUUUCUAAAGAGUUCUUGACCAUCAUUUUGAAAAGAUUUAUUAAAACUAGCUAAAGACAACAGACAAUAGAUUUUCUAAUAAUUUUCAUCAAUAGAAAAAAGGAAAUACUUCUCAUUCUUCAAUACUUUCAAAUAGCUUUUUCCAGUGUGCUCCUUCUUAGCAAAUCAAUAUUUUUCUGCAUUCUUUAAAAGACGAGCAUUUGGCUAUAAAAGAAAUGGGCUGACUAAGCAUGAUUUUUUUUGGUCUUAAAAGCUUAACAUGUAAAAUUGGCAAAAAAAAAUUACCUUUUAUAAUAUAAUACUUGAAAAAUAAGUACCUCUUUGCUCUACAAGUAGAAUGAAUAGGGGAAGAGUUUAAACCUGUUUGUUUAAUUAUUAUUGCAAAGAGCUCUAUUUGUAGAGGCAAAUUAUAGGCAGAUUACCAGGUUCUUAUAAAUACAACUUGUACAUGGACAUUCUGCAAACUAAGCUGUCACAUUUUUCAUGCAACUCCUUUUGCAAAAGCAUACUAAAAUGUUUUAAAAUGUGAAAAAAAAACAUUAUUUUUUCAGGGCAAGAAAAUAAUUUACUGUCCUCUUAAUGUAUUUAUAAAGGUUUUCCAUAUGAACUAAUCAAAUAAGUUAGAACAAUGUGACAACAUUACAAAUUUAAUUUGUUAGAUGCAUUUCUUCUAAUGUUACGUGAGAGAAUGUUGCUGACGAUUCAGGGCUAUUUCUGAAGUCUGUAUGUUGCUGCUGUCCCCAGUGAUGGUGGACUUAUCUUUGCCUUACCUGAUCACGAAUUAUGUUGGGGGAAAUAAAGAUUUAAUAUUUCUUUAAAUAAAAAAAGAAUUUGGUUUUGCUCGUUUAAGAGCAAUGAUAAAAAUGAUGGAAUGUUGACUGUGUUUGGCACACAGGACACAGCCCUUCAUGGAAGUCCUUGUUCUGCGUGGCAUCUGUCAGCUUUCACCUGUCAUUCUUAUUCUUCACUUUUGCUGCUGAGCCUGGCUGUAUAAACUUGCACUUUCAUUUGCUAAUAUAAAUUCAAUUUUAUUUUACCAUAUUAGAGACUACUAAUGAUUAAAUGUAGAAGAAGAGGGUGCACAUGUUUAUACCUGGAGUGUUAAAAGUAAAUUUAUACCACUGUAAUGUGCAGGUUUUAUUAAAAGAGAAAUUGGUUAAACUGCUAGAUUGAAUGAGACUUUAUCUAUUGGACUUUUUUUUUUUAAUCCAAGCAUAUGGUCUUUAGUAACAGCUUGUAAUUUCUUAAAACAUUCAUUUGGGGGUUUUCCCUAUUUUCAGUUGCCCAUGUACACAGUCAUUAUAUUAAAAAAAGAAAUCUGUUGAACAAAGUUGUUUUAUUUGUUUAAAUCAACGUAGCAUGAAACACCAAAUAAAAUGUUGACAUAGUUUUA